AACAAAAACACGAGAGAGCCAGACAAAAUGGGGAAUUUAGCAAUCUUCGUAUUGAUCAUCUUAUUACAAAGCUUAAUGUGUAAUGUAUAUUGUUCAUGUCUUAAUCAAAGUCUUUCAGAGAACAUUUUAGAAGAUUCUUUUUCAUUUCCUUCUGAUUUCCUCUUUGGCACGGCUUCUUCUGCUUAUCAGUAUGAAGGUGCAUUCCUGACUGAAGGAAAAGGAUUGAACAAUUGGGACAUAUUUACGCAUGAAUAUCCUGGUAAAAUACGUGACGAGAACAACGGAGACAUGGCUGUGGAUCAAUAUCAUCGAUUUAUGGAGGACAUCCAAUUAAUGACUUCGCUUGGGGUCAACAGUUAUAGAUUCUCGAUUUCUUGGUCUAGAGUUUUACCAAGAGGAAGAUUUGGAAGUAUUAAUUAUUCGGGAAUAACGUAUUACAACAGAUUAAUCGACGCUCUCAUUAGUAGAGGCAUCAAACCAUUUGUGACGUUGAACCAUUUGGACUAUCCUCAAGAACUGGAAUACCGGUUUCAAAGUUGGCUAAGCCCCGAGAUGCAGAAAGAUUUCCUGUACUUGACUAAUAUAUGUUUUAAACAUUUUGGUGACCGAGUUAAACUCUGGACCACGUUAAAUGAACCAAACAACCAAAUAAUUUUGAGCCAUCUAAAAGGCACAUUUCCACCAUCUCGAUGCUCCUUACCGUAUGGAAACUGUAGUCAAGGGAACUCUGAAACCGAGCCUUUCAUAGCCGCGCAUAAUGCAAUCCUCGCUCACGCAAAGGCAGUUCAAUUAUAUCGAACUAAAUAUAAGGAAGAACAAAAGGGAAUAAUCGGCAUUGUAGUGCAAACAUCAUGGUUUGAACCCAUCAGUGAUUCCACUGCAGAUAAAGCAGCUGCUGAGAGAGCUCAAGCUUUUUAUUCGAACUGGAUUCUAGAUCCGGUUAUAUAUGGAAAGUAUCCAAAAGAAAUGGUGAAUAUACUUGGGUCGGCCUUGCCGAGAUUUUCAAAAAAGGAAGUCGAGUACUUAAAGGAGUCGCAAUCAGAUUUUGUGGGCAUUAAUCACUAUACAAGUUACUUCAUUCAAGAUUGUUUGCUAUCAUCUUGUAAUAUUGGAUUCGGAGCUUCGAAAGUGGAAGGAUAUGCACUCAAGUUAGACCGAAAGGGCAAUCUUACCAUUGGAGAACUUACCGAUGUAAAUUGGCAGCACAUUCAUCCUGAAGGAUUCCGGAAAAUGUUGAAUUACCUAAAAGAUAGAUACCAUAACAUACCAAUGUUCAUAACUGAAAACGGUUUCGGAGACCUGCAAAAACCCGAGACAACCGUAAAAGAACUUUUAAAUGAUGCAAAAAGGAUACAAUACAUGAGUGGAUACUUGGAUGCUUUGCAGUCAGCAAUGAGGGAUGGAGCAAAUGUGAAGGGCUAUUUCGCAUGGUCGCUAUUAGAUAAUUUUGAGUGGUUGUAUGGAUACAAGCUUCGAUUUGGCCUAUAUCACGUGGAUCCUGUAACUCUCAAAAGGACACCGAAACGUUCAGCUUCAUGGUACAGAAACUACAUUGGAGAGAACAUUAGAAGAAGAUAUGAUUAGAUAUAAACAUAUGACUAUAUUUGUCUAUAUAACAUUAUCUCCUUA